GGGCAGCAGAGUUUUAUUCUCCAUAGCUCCGUUAUGGAAAAAGUGCCACGUUAUCCAUUAUCGGUGAUUCUUUCGUUUCUUACUGAGACAGAAGGAACAUCGCUGCUGAUCACUAAAAGGCGCUAUGCAUACCAGCUGCUACCAGUUUUUCAACAAAAAGUUGAUGGCUUCGAAGGCUUAUCCGUACAAAAUGUGAAGCGCCGUCAUCGGUUUAUGCCACUUCCAGUACAGGAUCCAUUCACUCUCUUAGCCAGAUCAAAUACCCGUCGCCUGUAUCGACGGAGAACCAGACCGACUCCUGGCCUAUCUACAUCAGCACUAGCCUCUCGGGAAUGGGGCACGAGCCCUCGUUUUUCACACGAGCUCGAACUCUUGCGAUUUCUGUCCCAGGGACACGAGCUUUGCAAGCACACCGGUACUCUACUUGUUUCAUACCCACGAUCAGGCAACACAUUGGUGCGAACAUUGUUGGAACGUACGACCGGUAUCGUGACAGGCUCUGAUACUCGUCCGGAUCGGGGGUUGUCUCGGGAACUCGCUGAGCAACAUAGUCUUGUUGGAGAAGGCAUAAGUCAACCCAAUCUUGUGAGCUUUGUCAAGACGCACUGGCCUGAACGUACAGGUAAUGCACAAUAUACUGGAAAACGUGCUGUGCUUCUAGUUCGUAAUCCUUUCGAUGCGAUCGAUUCGUACUGGAAUAUGAAUGCUACCAAAUCGCAUACACGCUCCUUGGCCGACGAAGUAUACAAUCGGUUUCGUGAUAAAUUUGGACGGCUAGCUCGGAAUGAGAUUCAGAUUUGGAUUAAAUUUCUAGAUUUUUGGAUGACAGAGAGCGGUGUUCCGGUUCUAAUUGUUCGAUUUGAAGAUCUCGUCGAAAAUACGGAGCGUGAAUUGAGCCGUAUUCUGCGAUUCUCUUUUCAGCAGGCAGAGCUCUCGAAUGCUUGGCAAGACCGUAUUAGGCAUGCUGCGAAGCACGAGAUCGACGCGCUCGGAUCCUAUCAGCCUCGGAGUGCUUCAAGAGGUGUCGCAUCGAUAGGGAAGUCCCUUCGCAAAAAGCGCUAUUCUGAUGACCUUUUGUGUUACCUACACACUUCAUCCCAAAGCCAUCGUGUUGACUAUUUGAAAAGGUUUGGCUAUGACGUUUGCACACAAGGAUUCCCAUUGAAUCUAAAGUUUGGAUGUUACGGCGACUCAAAUAUGGAGUACAGGGUGGCAGACACAUCUGUCCAGGUGAAUGUUGGAGCACCGAUUCGUCCCGUUUCUUGUGAGUUUGGUCGGUUGCUUCAACAGUGGCGAUACUCAGUUACCGACACGGAUCGAAACCCCUUACCGACUGUAUAA